CAUCAUGGAAGUUUGUAUAAAGAUUAAAGGAUUAUAACAUUUUGUACCUGCAGUGAUUUAGGUAGAUUCUGUGUGACGCUACUGUGCAUGGACUAAAGUGAACGGUGUUGGUGGCCAUUUUCUACGGUGCAAUAAAUAAUUUGAGAAUAAAAUCUAUAGACUGACUGGAUUUGGCAAGUGAACAAAAUGAGAAUCUGAUUAGCCUUUCUUCAAAUAUUGACAUAAUUCAUCUGACGACAGUACAGCUACCUCCAUCAUGUCACAUAAUGAUGAAACGGAUGAAACCUCCCAUUCCACGGUCUACUCCUCUUCCAUACCUGAAGAUGACAUCUUGCAGACGGACUUUAAUGAAACUACCCAGUUGUUGACGGAUAUGAAAAAGAAGCAUCGUUCCAUUGCACAUGACGGUUACAAUGGCAACGGAAUCAGUCAAAAUUCAUUCACGGUUGGAUACAGUGCUGAUCUGGUUACUCCAGAAACAAAAGUAGCAUCCAACAACUUGCCAGUCUACAGGAGAAUGUGGAGUAGUCUCUCACUCAGUUCCCAAGGCGACGGAGAUACAAAGAAAAGCUGGAUGGCAAAAUUUAAGACCAAAAAAGCAAAACAUAUAUUGAACAAUCUGAAAAUUGGUCUUCUCCUUAUGCUUAUGCUUGUGGUUUUAGUGUUCUUUAGUCUUCAAGAGGAAACUGAAGCCAUUCGCACCAUUCUCCCAACAUCUCGCACACAGAGUCAUGUUCUCAACAUCAGCGAUAUCAACGAGGCACGAUUGGAUGUCAUAAGGCUUGGUAUAGCAGGAGCAUUUGUAAUCGACAGCGAUGAAGCAGAAAACCCCCACAAUGCAACGGUCAUCCUUGCCAGGUCAUCCGAUGGCCAUGUGGUCAAGGAAUACAACUUUAUCUUAGACACAGAUGAGGAUGUUGUCCAAAGCAAUCAAAUGGUGGAAACAAUAGAAAAAAUACUGCUGCCUUGGGAUGACUCCCACGAAGACGACACUUUUUACAUUAAGGUUUCCACGGAUACGGAGCAUCAUACAGUGAUCGCAAUCCGUUACCUUGCCAUGCCGUAUGCAGCCCAGUAUGACGUGAUAUACGCUGGAGUCAUUCUUAUUGCAGUCUAUGUACUCAUUGGCUUUGAUCUGGUUCACCGCACAGUGGCAGCCAUGUUGGGAUCCUUUGCAGUAUUGGCCACAUUGGCAGCAUUGAAUGAGCGACCUCCGCUAGAAACGAUCAUGACCUGGAUCGACUAUGAGACACUCUCUCUCCUCUGGGGAAUGAUGACGUUGGUAGCCAUCUUCUCGGAGACCGGUUUCUUCGACUACUGUGCGUUGAAAGCCUACAAGAUGGCCAAGGGUAAAGUCUGGACCCUCAUCAUUAUACUCUGCGUCUUCUCUGGAGCAAUCUCAUCCGUGCUGGAUAAUGUCACAACAGUAUUACUCUUGACUCCAGUAACUAUCAGACUUUGUGAAGUCUUGGAGUUGGAUCCCAAGUAUAUUCUCAUUGCUGAGGUCAUGUUCUCUAACAUUGGUGGCACAGCAACAGCGAUAGGUGACCCGCCCAAUGUCAUCAUUGUUUCCAAUAAAGGAAUACAGGAAGCGGGUAUAGACUUUGCCGAGUUCACACUGCAUAUGUUCAUUGGUAUCAUCUUCUGCAUGUUAGCUGGUUUCCUGCUGCUGUGGCUUCAGUACAGGAAGAUGAAUCUAUCUGCUAAAGAUCCUCCGGAAAUAAGAGAGUUGAAGCGUGAGAUAGAGCUAUGGCGACAGGCGGCAACGCGAAUCAUGGUAGCAACCAAGGAAGAAGCUACAGUCAAGAAACUACUUAUGCAAAAAGUCUAUCAACUGGAAGAUUCACUCAAGCAUCAGAUGGUCAUGGUGGGUGAAUUAGAGUCCAGUUCAACAUGGCGAGAAAACCUAAAAGAAUUACAGAAAAAGUAUCGCAUCACGGACAAGAACCUGUUAAUAAAAUGCAGCAUUGUGUUGAUUGCAGCCAUCCUCACGUUCUUCAUUCAGUCCAUAGACAGUGUUCAUUUAAAUUUAGGUUGGACUGCUCUUCUGGCUGCCACAUUUCUGCUUGUCUUAGCCGAUAUCAAUGACAUUGAGAACGUCAUGCAUAGGAUUGAAUGGGCAACGCUGGUCUUCUUCGCAGCACUAUUUGUACUUAUGGAGGGUUUAACCCAUUUAGGAUUAAUUGACUUCAUCGGAAGCUUGGUGUCUGCUCUCAUUAAGGCUGUACCAAAGGAUGGGCAGUUGACAGUAGCCAUCAUACUACUAGUCUGGGUUUCAGCUAUCGCUUCGUCUUUCAUCGACAAUAUUCCAUUUACUACAGCCAUGGUUCCCAUCAUCCUGAGCCUAGGCAAUGAUCCUAAUCUAGACCUGCCAUUGAAGCCCUUAGUCUGGUCCCUAGCCUUUGGUGCUUGUCUAGGAGGCAACGGUACACUCAUCGGUGCUUCAGCUAACGUAGUGUGUGCUGGCAUUGCUGAACAACACGGCUGCAGUUACAAUUUCCGGGAAUUCAUGAGGGUGGGAUUCCCCAUGAUGCUAGUGACUACAUUUGUGGCCAUGUGCUAUCUCCUCAUUGCACACAGCUGGGCUGGCUGGAAUUACUGAUUUUUGGGGGGGAAUAAUUUUAAUUUUUUUUUGGGGGG